CCGGAGGAGGAAGGGGGCGGAGUCUAUGAGUCGGAACGGCAACAAGACGGACUCGAGGUCUCGUGACUCCGCCUCUUGUGCCUAUCUGUCUGGUGAGUGGCUAACCAGAGUCCUAAGGCGGAGAGAGGGCGGAGUCCAAGACCGCCCGUGGACUCGUAAAAAGGGGAGCCAAAGGUCUCGUGGCCCCGCCCCUAACACUCGACUUCUGGCGUCAUUGGUAGAGUCGUACUAGCUUCGGGGGGUUGAAGAUGGCUUCUGCUGUGGCUGCGGCGGCGGCGGCGGCGGCGGCGGGGGCGGCUCCGACUGCGCCUGCGCCAGUCGGAAACAGCAAGACAGCGUGCACGCUGGAGUUCGCUGUGCAACUGAGCUGCCAGAGCUGCGUGGACUCCGUGCAGACAUCCCUACGUGGCGUGACAGGUAUCCAGGACAUGGAGGUGCACCUGGAAAAUCAGAGCGUCCUCGUGACCACCACCUUGCCCAGCCAGGAAGUGCAGGGUCUUCUGGAGAGCACAGGGUGCCAGGCGGUGCUCAAGGGAAUGGGCAGCAACAUGCAUCAAAACCUGGGAGCAGCAGUGGCCAUGAUUGGGCAGCCUGGGUCCGUGCAGGGAGUCGUGCGCUUCUUGCAAGUGUCCCCCAAACACUGCCUCAUCGAGGGUACCAUCGAUGGCCUGGAGCCUGGGCUGCAUGGCCUCCACGUCCAUGAGUAUGGGGACUUGACCCAGAACUGUGCCAGCUGUGGAGACCACUUCAACCCUGAUGGAAUGCCCCAUGGCGGCCCCAAGGACACCCACCGGCACCUGGGAGAUCUGGGGAACGUCUAUGCUAAUGUCGACGGGAGAGCAUCCUUCAGGAUAGAGGAUGAACAACUCAAGGUGUGGGACAUCAUUGGUCGCAGCCUGGUCAUUGAUGCAGGUGAAGAUGACCUGGGUCAAGGAGGACACCCGCUUUCCAAGGUCACUGGAAACUCUGGAGAGAGGCUAGCCUGCGGCAUCAUUGCCCGCUCUGCCGGCCUCUUCCAGAACCCCAAGCAGAUCUGCUCCUGCGAUGGCCUCACCAUCUGGGAAGAGCGGGGACGGCCCCUCGCUGGUGAGGGGCGGAAGAAGCCUGCACAAACCCCUGCUCACCUUUGACCCGAGACUCUCUAAUCAAGUCCAAUGGAAACACCCCCCCCCCCCCCCCCCCCCCCCCCCCCCCCGUGGGACCAGCCAUCCAAGGUGACCUCCCGUGUCUGCUCCA